AUGGAGGGGCCGCUGUUAACGCUGGGGCUGCUGGCUGCCCUGGUCGUGUGCGACAGCUGGGGCCUGAACGAGGAGGAGCGGCUGAUUCGGCACCUGUUUGAAGAGAAAGGCUACAACAAAGAGCUCCGGCCUGUGGCUCACAAGGAUGAGAGUGUGGAGAUCUCGCUGGCCCUCACGCUCUCCAACCUCAUCUCCCUGAAAGAAGUUGAGGAGACCCUCACCACUAACGUGUGGAUUGAGCACGGCUGGACAGACCCCCGGCUGCAGUGGAAUGCUGAAGAAUUUGGAAAUAUCAGUGUCCUGCGCCUGCCCCCUGACAUGCUGUGGCUCCCGGAGAUUGUGCUGGAGAACAACAAUGAUGGCUCCUUCCAGAUUUCCUAUGCCUGCAACGUGCUCGUGGACCCAUCAGGCUAUGUGUACUGGCUGCCUCCCGCCAUCUUCCGUUCCUCUUGCCCCAUCUCUGUCACCUACUUCCCCUUCGACUGGCAGAACUGCUCCCUCAAGUUCAGUUCACUCAAGUACACGGCCAAGGAGAUCACUCUGAGUCUGAAGCAAGAGCAACAACAGGGCCGCUCCUAUCCUGUGGAGUGGAUCAUCAUCGACCCUGAGGGCUUCACAGAGAACGGGGAGUGGGAGAUAGUGCACCGGCCAGCCAGGAUCAACGUGGACCCCAGUGUCCCGCUGGACAGUCCCGGCCACCAGGAUGUCACCUUCUACCUCAUCAUCCGCCGCAAGCCCCUCUUCUACGUCAUCAACAUCCUGGUGCCUUGUGUGCUCAUCUCCUUCAUGAUCAACCUGGUCUUCUACCUGCCGGCUGACAGUGGUGAGAAGACAUCAAUGGCCAUCUCAGUGCUCCUGGCCCAGUCCGUCUUCCUGCUGCUCAUCUCCAAGCGGCUGCCUGCCACGUCCAUGGCCAUCCCCCUCAUCGGCAAGUUCCUGCUCUUCGGCAUGCUGCUGGUGACCAUGGUCGUGGUGAUCUGUGUCAUCGUGCUCAACAUCCACUUUCGCACACCCAGCACCCACGUGUUGUCUGAGGGGGUCAAGAAGCUCUUCCUGGAGACCCUGCCCAAACUCCUACACAUGUCCCGCCCCGCAGAGGAUGGGCCCAGCCCGGGGGCCCUCGUCCGGAGGAGCAGCUCCCUGGGCUACAUCUCUAAGGCUGAAGAGUACUUCUUGCUCAAGUCCCGAAGUGACCUCAUGUUUGAGAAGCAGUCAGAGCGGCACGGGCUGGCCCGGCGCCUCACCACCACACGCCGGCCCCCAGCAGGCUCCGAGCAAGCUCAAGAGGAGCUCUUCCGUGAGCUGAAGCCAGCUGUGGACGGAGCCAACUUCAUCGUCAACCACAUGAGGGACCAGAACAGUUACAAUGAGGAGAAGGACUGCUGGAACCGAGUGGCCCGUACAGUGGACCGACUCUGCCUGUUUGUGGUGACGCCCGUCAUGGUGGUGGGCACGGCCUGCAUCUUCCUGCAGGGCGCCUACAACCAGCCUCCGCCCCAGCCCUUCCCCGGGGACCCCUUCUCCUACCAUGAGCACGAUAAGCGCUUCAUCUAG